GACACACCCCCUCCUCAAACAUGACUGGCAACGGACCCACCACCACCUCCUCAAUCCCCGACUCCAACCAUGGGGCCUCCACCUCAACCUCAACCUCAACCCCUGGCUGCAAGGGCCACCGCCGACAAGAGUCCAUGUACACGAUGACCGGCCUCUACGCGGAGGCCAUCCCCGAGCAGGCGGAGAUAGCCGAGACGAAGUGCUCGACGAACUUCUGCCACGACACGAUCAUCAAGUGCCACAGUCGGAACCCCUCGGCCAGCUUCGAUAGGGACAAAGCCGCGCAUGCGACGACGACGACGACGUACGGGGAAGCGCCUGUGAUAUUGAAGGAUGCGAAGGAAUGCGGCAUUUUUAGGUGCCGGCCUUCCUUCAUUCAAAAGUAUGCUGGAAUUAAGUUCUUCGUUCUACUCCUGUCAUUCCUUGUUACCCUUCAACAAGCACUAAGCUCUGGAUACAUCAAUUCUGUGAUAACAACAAUCGAAAAGCGAUUCGAGAUUCCAUCGAGCCUAUCCGGACUCGUGGCGUCAUCUUAUGAAAUAGGAAAUGUAAUAACAGUUAUAUUUGUAAGCUAUCUCGGCAGCAGGCGACACAUACCAGUGUGGAUAGGCAUCGGAGCUGUCAUAAUGGGUGUUGGUUCCCUUAUUUUCAUGGUACCACAUUUCAUCGCAGAAGACAACAAAGGUAUCGCGGUGGCUAACACCACCGAUGAGAACAUGUGUCGAAUAGUGUCUGUGCACGAGCAGGAUAUGGGCUUGGGGAGAUUGUCUUCGGGCCUGUCGUCUCCUCCCCUGGCGCCGAACAACAUUCGGGGGGACAACUGUAUUCAGGGCGGCCCUUCGACUACUGGACCAGUAUUGCUCUUCGUUCUCGCACAAUUAUUGUUAGGUUGCGGUGGAUCGCCGCUUUUCACUCUCGGCACCACUUACAUAGAUGACCACGUUAGGCCUGAGAGUUCGUCAAUUUAUAUAGGCUGUAUGUACAGUAUGGCAGCUUUUGGUCCAGUCCUGGGUUUCUUGCUGGGAGCCUACCUCUUAUCGUUCCAUAUGGACUCAUUCACUCACAUCAUAUCAAUAGAAUCGGGCGACAGCCGAUGGGUCGGCAUGUGGUGGGGCGGCUUCCUGCUCUGCGGCCUGCUGCUCAUCGUCGUCUCGGUGCCGUUCUUCUCCUUCCCCAAGGUGCUCCUGCACGAGAAGGAGAAGAUCAGGCUGAUGGAGAAGGCGGCGGCGGCGAGCGGUGCUCAGGCCGGCCCUGUCACCAAGCCGACUAGCGCCUUCACGAAGGACGAGACUGCUUACGGGAGAGACAUCAAGGAUAUUCCCAAAUCAAUGUGGAGACUAGCCAGUAAUCCAAUAUACAUUGUGACUUGUCUUGGUGCCUGCAUGGAAUUGAUAAUAGUGUCGGGUUUUGUUGUAUUUUUGCCCAAAUAUCUGGAAACUCAGUUCAGUUUGGGGAAAAGUCAAGCAAGUGUUUUCACUGGGUCCAUCGCAAUCCCUGGCGCGUGCAUCGGCAUCUUCAUGGGCGGCGUGGUCCUCAAGAAGAUGGAGCUGCGCCCCAAGGGGGCCGUGCAGUUCGUCCUGAUCUCCAACGCCGUCUGCCUCCUCUGCUACGGCCUCCUUUUCUUUCUCGGCUGCGACAACCUGAAGAUGGCCGGCACGACCAUCCCCUACUUCAACAGCACGCAGCCGUUCCAGGUGAACCUGACCUCGUCGUGCAACUUCGGCUGCGAGUGCAGCAUGAACGACGUGGAGCCGGUGUGCGGCAACAACGGGCUAACGUAUUUCAGUCCGUGCCAUGCCGGGUGCACUUCGAUUCUCAGUUCUAACUACACCAAUUGUGCCUGCAUACAUGGAAACAUGACAGUGAAAGAUGGAGUAUCAUCUCCCCUGAGUAUCGCCUCCCAAGUUGAAAGUACAUACUUGGAGGUAACCGUAGUGCCUGUAGCAACUGCAGGUCCAUGUAAUUCAUCUUGUCAUACCAUAUACCCGUUUUUGAUAUUAUUAUUUUGUAUGACGUUCAUAGUGGCUAUAACCCAGAUGCCUCUGCUCAUGAUAGUGUUAAGGUCCGUGAACGAGGAGGAGCGAUCGUUCGCGCUCGGCAUGCAGUUCGUCAUCUUCCGGCUAUUCGGCUACAUCCCGGCGCCGAUCCUCUUCGGCAACCUCAUCGACUCGACGUGCCUGCUGUGGAAAAGCGCAUGCGGCUCCGAAAGGGGCGGCCGCUGCCUGCUCUACGACAUCGAGCAGUUCCGGUACCGGUACGUCGGCCUGUGCGCCGGCAUCAAGACGCUCGCCGUCGGCAUCUUUUUGGUCGACUGGUGGCUGGUGGGACGCCGUGGGCAGCUGGACGACGACAAGGGGAUCACGGCGAACGAGAUCGUGGGGUCAAUCAUCAGCUUGGAUAAGUUGUUUGAAGAAAAACCCCAUGAUGGUGGUCGCCAUACUAGAAACCCAAGUUCCGUUAGUGCCUAUGAAACCCCGCGAUCUCCGAAAGCUUCUGAGCUCCGAAGUGCUUCUGAGAGCCAGACAAAUGCCGAGAAGGAUGGCGUUUCCGACGAAUUUGCUGGUCAGAUCGGACCAGAGUUGAUAGACGAAGCUCUAUCUGUAUCAACAGUAGAUCAAGAUCAUGCAAAUCUUAAAAGACGUCACUUGUAGACGACAAGAAGAAUGCACCACUUAAACUCCCUGAAUACUCGCACACUGAGUUAUCUCGGAAAAUUAUAGAGUUAUAUUUUUCCUCACAUCUAUAUAGUGAUAUUAAUUAGUUUUGUAGGUUAUAUGAUAUUUUGAUAUUUACGUAUUUGCCCGUUGGAAAUUUUAUUUUUACAUCCGAAUUAUGUUACUUCUGAUUUCAAAAUGAUACACAAUUAGCUUUAGUUGGAAGGAUGCCUGAACAAAUUUUCAUCAUCAUUGGUCAUUACUUUUGAAUCAUUUCAAAAUCGUUCAAGGUUUUGCUGCAUGCUCUUCAAAAAUAGAAUACAGUGUAAUCGUUCUUUUUGAAUUCUAAUUGACAAAGACACAAAUGUUACAACAAACCUAAUAUCAAUUUGAAAUUGUGAGUAAUAAAAAUUCAAUAAUCAUUGAUCAAAUCCUCUUAGGCUUCCAAACUAUAUUUAUAUUUAUAAAUACAGUGAACAAGGUUUUAAUUCUGAUCUCUAGGUAAUUUAUUAUCCGACUGUUAUUAUCGUCCGGCGAAAAUUAUAUGUUUCCAAUAUCUAUUAUAAGUUCUGAAGGGGCUACCCUACUGUGAGUAGUUCUCCGAGAAAAUAAUAAUGAUCCCUGGCUUUUUAGAAUACUUUUCAGACCUCGAAUAUAACAGAUGAUUUCAAUCUAGAAUGCUUGGAAGCAGGUUUCCACC